UCAUAAUUUUCAAUGGAAAAAAAUAGGUCGAAUGUAAAUAUAAUUAAAUAUACAAAACAUUAUUGCAGUGGAGGCGUUUUUUAAGAGCACUCAUUACAAAAUAAUCAUCUCACGAUGUAAAUGACAAUAUCACAAUGACUCUGGAUAAAACAGAUGUUGUCUGGUAUAUUAGUUUGCAUGUCGCUAUUGCUCAUACACAGCUCUGUGACAAACAUUGGACCGUUAAUGAAAUGGACGGGCAGCUUAACAAAUCAAAGCUUAAUAGACAUUAAAGUUGCAAAUGAAAUAUAUACCAGCAACAGGACGUUUAGAAUACUCUGGUAUAAUCCGCCACCAUUUAUCAAAGCACAUCGCAAGUACGCAAUGAGUUGUGGAUUUCAAACAUGUAAAUACAGGAAUUGUGAAAUGAGUUAUGAUAGAACAUAUGCAAACAGAAGCCACGCAGUUAUAUUUGAUGGCCGAUUUAUGCCACCAAAUCUCAAUUUUACACGUCCUGACGGGCAAAUUUGGAUUUUUGCAGCUCACGAGUCCCCACUUACAUACGGUUCUGGUGGGAAUUGGUGGUAUAGAAAUAAACAAUAUAUAUUUAACUGGACAAUGACAUAUGACAAGGACAACACAGACAUAUUUCUACCAUACGGAGAAAUACUAAAACGCGAAUUCGAGAUGAGGAGGGACUUCAAGUCUAUAGCCCUUAAUAAAAGUAAGACACUUUUGAUGAUAGCGUCGCACUGCCAAACCCAUUCAAAACGGCAAGAGUAUGUAAACAAACUGAAGAGAUAUAUAGAUGUCGAUGUUUUGGGACAAUGUGGUAAACGGUGGAAUUGUGGAAUUCGCUUCAGACAUGAAGAAAAGUGCUUUCAACUUUUGAAUACAUCUUACAAGUUUUAUUUAGCAUUUGAGAAUGCUUUAUGUCAUCAAUAUUUCACUGAAAAGUUUUAUGAAAAUUUCAAUUAUGAUAUAAUUAUGUUGACACGUGGCGGUACUAAGAACGAAUCGAAGACUCUAUAUCCUGAAGGAACAUACAUAGCAACAGAACAUUUCAAGUCAAUCAAGGAUCUUGGAACCUACCUGAAAAAUCUUAGCGUCGACGAAUAUGUUGAACUGCUAAAACAAAAGAGUCAGUUUUAUUUUCCUGGUUAUAAAAAAGUUUAUCAAAGAGCAUUGUGUGACAUAUGUGAAAGAAUGAAUUACCAAAGCAAAUAUUCAAAAACUAUUCAAAACAUUAAAGAGUGGGCAUACGGAUCUCAGCCUUGCCUUCAACGGAAACAAGUAACAGAUAUUUGAACAACUGAGGCAUGGAACUUGUUGACUUGUGUAUUGCUGCAACCCUUUUAAUUUCAAAUGGUAGAAUCUGGCAAAAGUACGUGUUUCAAUACAGUGGUACUAUUGUUACUGAUUAUUCUAUACUGUACCUAGCAAAGUGUGUUAUACUUUCAUACUGAUGAUUGCAUUCCUUAUCUUAGUGACCAUGCUUAAUUGUCUUUGGAAUUAUUUGCUAGAUCCAAAACCAUUAACCAUGACACUAUUUUGAAAAACAUGCCCAUUUCAUGGAAAAGGGCUGACACGUCUAGUUUGGACUUUGAAAUUCCGCUUACCUCUGUGAAUGUAUAGAACAAAAAUUAUGCAAAAUAGGCUGGUCAUUUUAACUUUUGGUGUUGAACUAAUUCCGACAUAUACAUUUUUGGUAUGAAAUAAGUAGUAUGUAAGGAAGUAAAAUAUAGAAAAAAGGUCCUCAAAUAUAUCAAAACAUAUUUUUGAGAUAUUGCAUGUGGAAUUUUUCUGAAGUAACGUCUACAUUUAAUACAUAUUGUAGCCAUUACUGUGGACCAUAUGCUGUAUUUUUCUUCUCCUGGUAAACUACAGCAUGAAUGUGUUCUUUGAAUAUCAAUGAAAACAGAUAUUUUAAGAUCUCUAGCACUUACUCGUAGCUUACCUUUCGUAUGUUACCACCUUUGUCAGCGUUUAGGUGUCGAAAUUCAGAAAAUAGGUGUCAAAAUUCAGAACAGAAUUUCUUCUAACCAAAUUUAUACAUAUAUAUUUCUAAAACAGACUCGUUUGUAGCGGAGUUAAAAGGUUUAAACACCAAACCUGUGUAUCGCAAAAUCAGAAACAAGAACAAAAAAAAAACAUUCGUAGGGCAUUCGUGAAACAAAAAAUGUAUUCACAUUAUUACUGCAGAUGGGCGGGGUAUUUGAUAAUAUCAAUAUUUGCCCGAAAUUCAUAAACAGUUACGACAAUCAUUUAUGCUUCUUGAACUGCUUUAUUAUGCAAUACAUGCAUGUGAAUGAAGAAAUGAUACUAAAAUUUUGUUUAAUCUUACUGCAGAUAAAUUUGCCAUACUUUGUUAACUAAUAAUCUAAAAGAAGACGCCAUCAAUUUUUUUUCAGAGUUCAUCCCUUUUCAAGUACAAAACAUGUAUAAGUGUUGCUGCAAGCAAAUGUUAAACACGUUGAAGAAUCGAUUAUUAGUAAAUUAGAUUAUAAUAUGUUCGAGAAUAACCCUUCUGAAUAUUGAAAAUCGGUAACAGACCUGAAAGAGGGAGACUAUGCAUUUUUGUAAAAUACCUGAAGGCACCUGGGUAACACAUUAGUUUCAUUUUAAUGCAAGACUCUUUUACAAAAUGUAAAGUCAAGAACAAUUCUUUCAAAGUUAUACUUCGAACUUGCACAGAAGGAAAUCUAAGAUUUAAUUAGCUCAUUAAAAAUUAAAAGUUUGCUUGUCUUAACCCAAUAAGAAAUG